AAAAAGUUGUACUAUCGAAUAUUGUCGUGAUAAAAUGAACGUAAAAAUGAGUUUUUCCAAGCAAAUUGAAAAAUAGAUUCAUAAAAAGACCUGGCAUGAAUUGAGUCACAGCAAAGGGACCCUGACAGAAUGAUGCUGACAACACCCCACAGCUGCAGACAACAGCCCCCUUGAGUGCUGUUGCUUUACAGUGGCAGAUGAUUAUGUUGAUAAAGGUCCUGUAUUCCCACAUCCCUUUGUGUGGCAGCGGGAUAUGUUGUACAUGCAGGUGUGUGGCAGUGGGAGUGAUGCUUGGGAACGUGGGAACCUCCUCUCACAUUCCCAGGACUGAUAAAUACUCACUCCUUGCUUGGCCAGUCCUGACUCUGUGACCAUGAUCCUGCAGCAGUGGUGGCUGAUGUUGGCUGUGGAGUGCAUCUUUAUUUGCAUCACCGGCCAAUCUUCUCCUCAGAAGAGACAGUGUGCAUUCAAAAAUACUAUUGCGAACAAACAAUUUGAAGAUGCGGGUGAUGUGAAUGGGUCGGUCCAGGUCUGUGAGAGCACCCAAUGCUGCGUGGGCUAUUAUCGGAUCAUCAAUGACCAGCCACGGGCUGACAUUCUCGCUUGUGAUAUUGUUGAAAAGUCUUGCCCAAACAACGCCUGCAUAGCACAACCAGCACAAGUACUGAACAACAUUACCUCCAUCAAAUGUGCGUGCAACACAGACCUCUGCAACAACAACAUCAAUUGGACCUCAGAGUCGGAAGAGCCUCUACCCACCUACUCUUAUUCUAUGGGUAAAAAAAAAGCUGCUGUGAUUAUUCUUAUUGGAACUCUGCUAGUCCUGUGGCUCAUAAUUAUGAUAUUGAAAGAGAAACCGGAGAAUCCACCCUCCCCGGAUGCUGACAGUGUCUCACGACUGUGUUCCUGCCAAACAAGAAAAACCUCUGAGAUUGACUUUGCUGACAUUGAACUACAGCAGAUUGUGGGCCGUGGGCAUUUUGCCACUGUCUGGGAGGGGAAAUACAAGGGAUCCAUGGUUGCUGUGAAAGUUUUCCCUGAAGGAUGGAAACAUACCUUUACUGCAGAGAAGGAGGUCUAUGAGCUACCACUGAUGAAGCAUGCUGGGAUUGUCAACUUCCUGGGCUCUGGGAGGACACCAUAUGAUAGCAGUUGGCUAAUUGUCCUGCAAUUAGCUGAAUAUGGCUCUCUCCACUCCUAUCUGUGUAAACACACCACCAACUGGAUGUUGUCAGUGAAGCUGUGCCAGUCUUUAUCGCAGGGAGUUUCCUAUCUCCACUCUGACCUUCACAUACAUGAUAUGCAUAAACCCCCUGUGGCCCACAGAGACUUCAGCAGCUCUAACGUGCUUGUAAGAGCAGAUGGUACCUGUGUCUUGUGUGAUUUUGGAUGCUCAACCAUCCUGAGAUUUUGUUCAGGACAUCACAGGUUCCAUGCGACAAACAUAGAGGCCCAUGCUCAGUUGGGCACGCUGCGCUACAUGCCCCCUGAGAUCCUGGAAGGCUCUGUGAACCUCAGAAACGGCUGGUGUCUACUGCAGGGAGACAUCUACGCUCUGGCCCUGCUGCUGUGGGAGAUCUUGAUGCGUUGCUCUGAUUUAUUUGAAGGCGGUGUUGCUCCACAGCAUCUGUUGCCUUAUGAAUUAGAGCUGGGAGCCGAUGUAACCCUGGAGAGCCUCAUCCAGUAUGUGUUUCACAUGGAGAAAAGACCCUCCAUACCUAAAGACUGGGGACUGCUACCACAGGGAUUUGUGCUGCAGGAGCUCCUGACAGAUUGUUGGGACUGUGAGCCGGAUGCUCGACUGACCGCUCAGUGUGUAUUGAGCAGAUUAAUGAAUCUUCAGUCUUCUUACUCUUCAUGAUAUGUUUUCCUUUUAUGGGGAGAUAACUUCUUAUAAUUUACAUAUCAGAAAUCUGCACUGUCCUAUUUGUUUCACUACUUUUCAGCUUUUCAAUAUUUAGAUCUGUAUAUUUAGACCCUUGUUAAAGCAUGGCUUCUUCUUCUUGACUGCAACAUGUUCCCAUUAAUCUCUUUCAUUCUAUUAAAUAUUUACAACUUUAUUAAUUAAUUGUUAUCCAGAAAAAUGAUAAAAAAUGAAAACACUCGUAUAUAAUUGCAUAAUGAAAUAAAAAUGUUUUUGUGAAAUACAUGCCUUACUUUAGCAAUUAUCUGUUACUUUGUGUUACUUUACAAUUUUAGGUAAGAUGUAUGAUUUUGAUUUUAUAUUGAAAUAAUAAAUGUUCUGAAAGUAAAGAUACUCACAACUAACAAUUACACUUAAAGUAAUUGGGCAUUUUUACAGCAGUCAUUUAACUUGCCAUGUUAGAAAAUUAAUAGGAUGAUUGAAGUCUUUUUACUUACAACAUUUUUUAAAUGACACCUUAUAAAAUAAAUGAAAUUCUAUUGGACUGUUUUUACUGGUGUAUGCAAGCUCAAUGUGAAACAGUCAUGACUUAAUGAGACAUUUUUAUUGAACAUUAUCAUUAUUAAUGUUAUUAGUAACACUGCUUUUUCUAGCUGUGAAAUUGUCUGCUGUGAAAAAGACCUGAAGUUUACAUAUUUUAACUGAACAAAGCCAUUAUUGUUUUUAGUUCCA